UUGAUUUAUCGGGAAAGUUUUUUCUUUUUCCCAGAGGGGCGCCGCGCAGUGAAAGUUUUUCUUUAUUUCACGACGAGUAUCAGAGAUAAACUCGGAGAAAUAAUCAUCAUGUCUCCACCGUCAAGACGGCUUCAAACAAAACCUGUGAUAACAUGUUUAAAGACUUUUCUAAUUUCUUACAGUCUCAUAUUUUGGUUCACAGGGGUGAUCCUACUGGCUGUUGGAGUAUGGGGGAAGGUGAAUAUGGAAGCCUUUAUCUCCCUGGCCUCUGACACUAGCACCAACGCGCCAUAUGUCCUCAUAGGAACUGGGGCCAUUAUUGUUAUCUUUGGCCUGUUUGGUUGCUUUGCUACAUGCCGCGGUAGCCCGUGGAUGUUGAAGCUGUAUGCCAUGUUCCUGACUUUAGUGUUCCUUGCUGAGCUUGUGGCAGGAGUUUCUGGCUUCAUAUUCCGGCACGAGAUCAAGGCUAUUAUAUAUAAGGCUUAUGGAGAGGCUGAGAAGAACUACAAUAUGAAUGACACCAGAAGCAUUGCAGUAGACACUAUUCAGAGGACUUUGCAAUGCUGUGGGACGCAGAACUAUACAGACUGGAUCGAGACAGAUUACUUCAAACAAAACGGCAUUCCUAAAAGCUGUUGUAAGCCACUUGCUGACUGCACCUCUGAGACUGUCAAAGAUCCUACCAAAUUCGCAACGGAGGUCUUUGAUAAGGGCUGUGUCGCCCUGGUGUCCUCUGUGAUGGAAUCCAAUCUCGGAAUAAUUGCAGGAAUAUCUUUUGGAAUAGCAUUUUUCCAGCUCAUUGGGAUAUUUCUGGCCUGCUGCUUGUCUCGAUACAUCACCAACAACCAGUAUGAGAUGGUCUAGCUGUGCCCUUCCACAGGCUAUUGAUGAGCAGAUCACGGUGCAAAUUGACUCAAAGGGAACUUACAUUGUUUUAAUCUGUCAUGUGUAUUAUUAGUUAUGUAUGUCUUUUAUAGGACAUUGUUGCUGCUUUUUAGAUUUUGACCUUCCGAUUGCAACCAGACAGGAGGAACAAAGUGAAUGGACAUCAUGAGGGAUACCCAUUGUCUUCUUCAGAAGUUUAGUAAUUUAGCUUGUUAAUACAUUUGUCCUGAGCUUGAAUAGUGGUUUAUUUGAUUCCUUGACUAGUGUUCCUUUGAUUCACGUAUAAACUCCAAAACAAUGUGAUCUAAGUAUGUCAGUAUGCAUAACAAUUGUAGUUGGCUCAUACAAAGUGUGAACAGCUAUACAUUUUGCAGCUCUUGUUAGUAAUGGCUAUCCUCUGAUAUUGUUGUGAAUGGGCAUUUUGUGUGUAUGCAUGAUAUUUUAUAUGGCAUUAAAAUGGUAAGAGGGCACUGUUUAGACCACCAAAACAUUACAGGAAGUUGGUCUUGGUGUAUUUGAACAUCGGGUACAACCACAAAUGUAUUUCCAUUGAAAUUGAAAAAAUAUAUGUUUAAAGAUGUUCUGAAAUAGUGUGUAUAUUCUGGAGGAAAGUAAUGCACCAUGUUUUUUGUAAUAUGUCACUCAGCAUUCCCAGUCGUUUUGCAUUGCUGUCUAUGUUGAUCAUAUCUCAAUACAUUAUUCAUAUAACCUACUUUUCAUCAGUUAAUCAUCAGUGUUAAUUGUUUUGUGUUCAUUUGUGGAAACAGCAUGUGAAAUACUUGAAAAAAAUAAAGAUGUUUAAUGUUCAUACA